GUGUCCAACCUCUACCUGUAUGACAGCGUGUUGAUGCUGGCCAACGCUUUCUACAGGAAGCUGGAGGACAGGAAGUGGCACAGCAUGGCAAGCCUGAACUGCAUCAGAAAGUCCACCAAGCCAUGGAACGGAGGCUGGUCGAUGCUGGAGACCAUCCAGAAGGGAAACAUCACAGGUCUGACAGGAACAAUGGACUUUAAGGAUAGCGGCUCAAACUCCCACGUCCAGUUUGAGAUCCUCGGCUCCAGCUUCAGCGAAACCUUCGGCAAGGACAUCAAAAGGCUGGCGACAUGGGACUCAGUUCACGGACUAAACGGGAGUCUGAAGGAGAGUCGGAUAGAGAGCGGGAUGCAGGGGCUGACGGUCAAAGUGGUCACACUGCUGGAGGAUCCUUUCGUCAUGGUGGCAGAGAACAUCCUCGGGCAGCCCAAGAGAUAUAAAGGAUUCUCAAUUGACGUGCUGGAUGCCCUCGCUAAGAUCCUGGGCUUUAAAUAUGAGAUCUAUCAGGUUGCAGACAGCAAAUACGGCUCUCAGCUUCCCAAUGGCUCCUGGAACGGGAUGAUCGGAGAUCUCAUCAACAAGAGAGCCGACCUGGCGGUGUCAGCCAUCACCAUCACACCAGAGAGGGAAAACGUGGUCGACUUCAGCAAGCGUUACCUUGACUACAGCGUUGGCAUCCUUCUGCGAAAGCCUGAGGAGAAGAUCAACAUCUUCUCCCUGUUCGCCCCCUUCGACCUGGCAGUAUGGGCCUGCAUUGCUGCUGCCAUCCCAGUAGUGGGAGUCCUCAUCUUCCUGCUCAACAGGCUGCAGGCUCUGCGCUCCUCUUCCUCCCAGAAUGCACCACCAGGCCAUCUUACUAAUGAAGUGGGGUCCGGCACGCUGCACAGCGCCAUCUGGAUCGUUUAUGGAGCGUUCGUUCAGCAAGGAGGUGACAGCGUGGUUGGCUCGGUGGCUCUGAGGAUCGUCAUGGGCAGCUGGUGGCUCUUCACGCUCAUCGUAUGUUCAUCGUACACGGCCAACUUGGCAGCAUACCUCACGGUUUCACGCAUGGACCAUGCCAUACGGUCCUUCCAGGACUUGGCGAGGCAGAUUGAGGUGGACUAUGGCACAGUAAGAGACUCUGCUGUCUACGACUACUUCAGGAACAAAGGCACCAACCCUCUGGAGCAGGACAGCACGUACGCAGAGCUGUGGAGAACCAUCAGCAAGAAUGACGGCUUGGACUACUCUGUGUCCAGCCCCUCCGAAGGCAUCCGCAAGCUCAGGGUCUGUGGCUACAGGCGCACCGUUCUCAGGAUCCUGGAGCUGCAGGAGAGAGGCGACCUGGACAUCAUGAAGCAGAAGUGGUGGCCUCGUACGGGACGCUGUGACCUCAGCAGCCAUGCCAGCGCCCAUCCUGACGGCCGCUCCCUCAAGCUGCACAGCUUUGCUGGCAUCUUCUGCAUCCUGGCCGCCGGCCUCCUGCUGGCCUGCAUGGUGGCCGGCCUGGAAGCGUGGUGGAACAGCAACCGCUGUGGGCAGGAGCAGCCCAAAGAGGACAAGGAGGUGAAUCUGGAACAGGUGCAUCGCCGUAUGAACAGUCUUUUGGACGAGGACUUGGCCCACAAGCAGAUCCCCGGACCCUCUAUCGAGAUCUCUGCGCUGGACAUCGGCAGCGUGCAGCCCAGCCAGGGCUCUCUGGUUCCGGGCCCGGAAUACCCGCCAUCGGGUCUCACUGUGACCACCUACCUGCCCGGGGAGGGACCCCCACCUCCCCCUCUUCCCCAUCCUCACCAUGGGGGGACCCUAGGCAGGACGCUGCCCCAAUCCCAGGGCCCUGGGUUGCCCCCCCACCACCCUCUCAGCAGCACCAGCCUCAGCGGCACCAUGCAGUGCAAACACCGGGCUCCCAACGGGGGGCUCUUCCGGCAGAGCCCUGGCAAGACACCCAUGCCAAUAUCCUACCAGGCAGUCUCCGCAGGACCCAUACCCGAAGCCAUUGAUCCCUCCCACAGUACAUCCAUAUAGAGACAGGAUGGGA